AUGGGCCGCAUUUUGUUCGUGUACACCUCUUGCUCGAAGUCCUUGACAGGCAGUGGCACAGGAUGGUACUUGCCUGAAGCCGCCCACCCUUACUAUGAGGCUGAUACCCUGCGCGAAGUCCUCGCACAACACCACACGAUUGACUUCGCUGCACCGAACGGGCCGAACCCACCCGUUGACGAGAACAGUGUGCAGAUGUUCAAGGAUGAUGAGAGCCAACAGUUCUUGAAGGACGAGACCGUCACGAAGAAGUUCGCUGAGAGCAAGAAGCUCUCAGAGGUCGAUUCCUCGCAGUAUGACGCGGUCUUCUACGUCGGCGGGCACGGUCCUGUGAUCGACCUCGCUUCCGAUCCUGUGAACAUCAAGCUGGCGAACGAGUUCUGGAGGUCGGGAAAGAUCACAUCUGCUGUUUGCCACGGGCCUGCUGCUCUUGUGGGGGUAACCGACGAGGCCGGCAACUCGGUUUUCAAGGGACGAUCUGCGACAUGCUUCACCAAUGAGGAAGAGGUGCAGGUUGACGGUGUGAAGAUCAUCCCCUUCUUGGUUGAAGAUAAGAUCAAGUCCCUUGGAGGAAAGUUUGACAAAACCGAGCCCUGGGGAGUCAAGGUCUGCGUCGAUGGAAAGCUGAUCACAGGUCAGAACCCUGCAUCCGCAAAGGGUGUCGGAGAAGCCAUCCAUGCGGCGCUGUAA